GUUGCAUACGCGUCCUGGAGAAAAGCGGGAAAGCGCUUUCCCCACCCCCUCGCCAAUCGUAUCUAUUUUCUCCCAGUGUGAGUGAGCCAUAAUUAUUUGCGUAUUGUGGGGCGCCAAGUGAACUUGUGGCUGGGUCGGUCAUUGGGGUGGUGGCCAAAGAAUGCCGAGGACGGGCGGCAUUCGCAGUGGCAGUCGGCGGUGAUGACACUGUAGGGACGCCCCCACAGAAAAUCAGCAACAACUACACACACGUGCUAUCGCUAAUCGAUGGCCGGCCAUCAAGAGCACUAAGCAAAUAAGCAACAGGAGCCGCUUGGGGUGGCCUGAAGAGACCCCAAGUCCGAGAAUCCGUAGAGCCGAGACCCAAGACGUCGGCUUCUCGGUCGGCGUUAACGCAGCGCGCAGCUAGAAAAUAAAUAAACAGGUUUAGUUCAGUUGCCGUCGGCGAUUCCUGAGGAGCGGAGUCCCGAGCGCUGUGUCUCCCCCACUCGAAAAAUGCUUGUCGUCCAGGAGAACCGCUUCCAGCAUGUGUACUUCGCGCUGUCCGCCCUGGUGGCCACCGCCAUGCUCGUCCUGGUCUACAUAUCCAUGCGCUCGAGCCUUAACGAACGGCUGCGCGAGGAUCUGGCCAAAACGCAGCGUCAGUUGAUCUUCGAGAGGCCAAAUCCGCACUGGGACUACAGCAACAGUUGGCGCAGGAUAGGCAACACCACGCUCAGACAUGAAAUAUACUCGGCAUACUUCGAUGUCAGGACGGAUAUUAUAGCGAAUGUCCGGCUGGAUGAGGAGCAGAUGACCAUAGGAUCCCUUCGUGUCUUCGCCGUUCUGCCGGAGCGUCUGCGCGACUCCUCGGUGAACUGCAUCGUGCGCUUCUCGGACUUCACCAGCCAAGAGAUCGUGGCCGAGGAGGCGGGGGCCAUGCACGAUGUGCACAACAACACCUUUGCGGCGUGGAGUGUCAUGUGUCCGCUGCACGCCUCCCGCCGCGCCCCCCUGCGACUUCCCCAGGCGGUGGCCUUGGCCUACGCCUCCAACCGACUGAGUCAUCUAAGUCCAACCUUUAUUCAGAUCAGUUAUCCCCGCAACAUGACCAACUUGUUUGGCCGAUCCCGUCCCGCGAUCUCCGUGUGCGUUGGUCCUCUGCAGGAGAACUACUCGAAUGUGCUCCGCCUGGUGGAGUUCGUGGAGAUGUACCGUCUGCAGGGCGCCACCCACUUCUACUUCUACUACGUGGAGGCCACCGAGGAGGUGCGUCGCGUGCUGGAGCACUACCAGCGGAUCGGGCUGGCCGAUGUCUUCGAGUGGAAUGUCCAGGCCCACCUGAAGGAUCUCCACUACGCCGGCAUAGUGGCGCAGUUCAAUGACUGCGUCUACCGGGCCAAUGUGGUGGAUAACUUCCGGUAUGCGGCGGUGGUGGACCUGGACGAGGUAGUGAUGCCGCUGAAGCACAAUUCUCUGGCGGAUUACCUGCGCCAGUGCGACGAGGGACGCACCGCGGGCUUCGUCUUCCGCAACGUCUUCUUCCACCGGCGGGACAGCAACGACACCUUCAACGCCCCCGCCCAUGUGCUCAAUAGGCUGCUGUACACCCAGUCCAAGGUCAGGAGGACCCUGGAGGUCCUGCCCGCGUAUGUAAGGAGCAAGGUGGUGGUCAAUGCCCGAGCCAUUGUGGAGAUGGGCAAUCACCAGGUUUAUCGAUCUGCCCCUGGUUUCGCCGAUCAUAUGGUCCAUCCCACGGUGGGAUUACUGUUCCACUAUCGUGACAAGUGCAUCAACUGCAAGAUGGUGCUGAUCGUCGACUAUACGGCCCGGAGAUUUGGCUCGCUGCUCUUCGAUCGAGUGGACAACACGUGCCUCGAGGUUUUCCUAAACCGCGGCAUCUGCGAUCUGGUGUAGCCCUGCAAUCUGUGGUUCGAUCUUCGACAGACGCCCCCUAAAAAAACCAGAGAUCUCUCUGGUCAGUUGAUCUCGUGGCCUCCGCCCGUCGACAUGCUAAAAUUCUGCUCGCUGCGAAGGAGCAAGGAGCCUGCGAUUCCGGCUCCCAAAGUUGCCAAGAGUGUACGACAAAUUAGAAUAUAAGUGCUAGCUGUUCGCCUCUAAGUGUUAUGCCGUAAUAAAUCGUGCUUUAAGUGAUUUGU